UCGCCUGCGAGCUGGCGACAUGGCGGCCCUGACUGGACCGGCCAAGCCGCUCCUGUCCCUGAACCCUCAGGAGGAUACCAAGUUUAAGAAGGAGGUGGCGCGGGUUCACCGGCGCGCAAGCAAGCAACAGGAGAAACAAAAACUUACUCCUGGAGUGAUCUAUGUGGGCCACUUACCUCCAUCGCUUUAUGAAACCCAGAUCCGAGCAUAUUUCUUCCAGUUUGGCACUGUUACAAGAUUCAGACUGUCCAGGAGUACCAAGACUGGAAAUAGCAAAGGCUCUGGCUUUGUGGAGUUUGAAUCUGAAGAUGUUGCCAAAAUAGCUGCUGAAACGAUGAACAACUACCUUUUUGGCGAAAGACUCUUGAAGUGUCAUUUUAUACCACCCGAAAAAGUACGUGAAAAACUUUUUAGGGAGUGGCAUAUGCCAUUUAAAAGGCCAUCGUAUCCAGCAGUGAAAUGGUGUAAUCAGCAUUGGACACUUCUUCAAAAGCUACGGAUGGAAGAGCGACUUAAAAAGAAGGAAAAAUCACUCAGGAAGAGAUUGGCUAUGAAGGGAAUUGAUUAUAACUUCCCUUCACUGGUCUUACAUAAAAAUGAGGAAAAUGCUUCAAACACUGGUGCUCGUAAUUCCAGAAAGCACCAGGCUUUACGUAAGAAGAAGAAAAAAGCAGCUUUGGUCACUCCUAACACUCCUGAGAAGACUGUGGAUAGCCAGGGCCCCAUGCCGGUUUGUACACCAUUUUUGGAGAAACGAAAAUCUGAAGUGGCUAAAAUGAAUGAUGAUGAUAAAGAUAAUGAGAUAGUUUUCAAACAGCCCAUAUCUGGUGUAAAAGAAGAAACAAAAGACACUCAGACGCCUACAAGUUCAAGGCAAAAAAGACGAAAAAAAAAAAGCACCCAAUAAUUCUGAAUGUAUUGUGUAUGGCUGGUGUUCUGAAAAAGGUGAUUUUAUUAUGGAGGCUGAUUCUUUGUAUUUAACUAGAUACGGUGGAAUGCAAUCAGUAACAAGAUGGUUGGAGAAAAAAACUGUCAAUUCAAGUCAGCAGGGAGAGCAGCCAGUGAUUUUGGCUUCCCCGCCCUCGCAGAAAUGCAGGGGUGAGCACCAGCUCAGCAGCCCGGCUCACGCUGCCCGUGUCCUGCCUCUACGGCUCUCUUCAGCUUUCAUAGCUGCCUUUAGUGGCUCUGCCUGGGUAGCUUAAGUACUAGGCUC